CAUCCUUGUGAUAAUUGGGUGUGUGGGCUAUGAGUGUCCUGUAUACUCCAAGGGGACAGACAUGGAAGAAGCCCCAAGGCAAAUGGUGGGCAGUGGAGGCUUUUGAUUUAGAUGGAAGGACACAAUUACUGGUAGUUGAGUUUUGCAGUUUUGUUGUUCUUUUGAGGAUAUUGACAAUUACUUUGGUAAGAAGUAUAAAACCAUUUACCUACUCUGAUUUAUGCCUUGGAAGAUGAACUAGAUCCCUUUGCUUUCGGAAUUUAUAAAUUUAAAAGUGAGGGCUGGAUUGCAUCACACAGACAAAGCUUUAGUUUUGUACCCAGUUGUUGUUCAGUUCCUCAAUGGGCUUACCUUUUUUAAGUAAAAGCUGUCAUUGUGUACAGAAAUGAUAACUUACAUGUGGAUGCCUGACACAUUGGCCCUUCUUGAACUUUCUGAUUUAGUUGUUUAACUUUACAGGACCUUCACAUGGAAGAGCUUCCUGAAACCUUUGUGGGGGCUGAUGACUUUUAGAGGCUUGCUUUUUGCUGAGAAAUGUGUGAAUUACAAGUGCUUAAGACAAUGAGUAAAAUCUACCCUUGCCUCAUUCUAUGGAAAGACAAGUCUCACAUACAUAAUGGUGUGGCUAGAGGAAGGGGAAAAGCUAUACAAAGUCCUUUCAUGCAAAUUAAAUAACGAUUUCUGUGAUGUUUCAUGUCAAUUUAGGGAGAGUGUUUUUGGUCAUCAGUGCACAGAUGAGUGGUAUUAUUAUUGACUGAAGCUUUUUUGUAGUAUGUCACUAAUGAAGGCUGUUCAUAUUGUCAAAUAAACCAUUUAACCAUUGAUUACUUGUUUGGAAAGAUACUGUCACCACAGUGAAAAUGUGCCUCUGGGUCUCCCUUUCUCCAGUCUGUUAUAGUCCUGUACUGCCCAGUGGUGACCAGUUGAACAGCAAUGUAAUUUUGGCCUUAUUUCUGGGUCAGGUUUUUUCUCCCCUUUUAGAAACUAAAUAAUCUUUCUAAUUGUAUUAGAAGUUGAACACUCAAAAAAAUUCACCCUGCUUAUUUAGUCAGAACUAUGGACUGACACUGAAUUCCCAGCAUUAUCUAUAUGAAUUAUGUAUGUGAAAAGAGCACAUUAAUUGCAAGACUGACUCACAAAGGUGUUUUAACAGCUGUGUCCCACAGACUGCAGUGGGAACUGAGUAUCUACGUACUCUGCCAGAUGUGGGCACAUCACAGAUCUGCCCAUAUCUGGAGCAAACACUAUUCCCUGCAAUAUAACCAUAUUCUUAAGCUUUUAGGCUUAAGAUUGUGCUCUAGGCUGAUUUGUGUGGAAUUUCCUUGGUGCAGCCUUACCAGGUAAGAUGUCUGUGCUUCUAAAGGAGGGCUGGUAGAUGUGUGCUGGCAGGACAUGUGGUGAACCUCAUUGCUUUGUAACCCACCCAGACACUCUAGUUGCUUACUGCUGUAGUUUGUCCACAAACAAAAAAACAAAGUAAGUUGCUUGUGAGAUCAGUGAGAUGGAACUUGUGGAAACGUGCUUCUUGUAGUACUAGAGCACAGCAGUUUCCACGUCCAGGCUGUAAUGACCCAUCUGGUGCCUGUCCUGUAACUUGCCCAGCCAUCAGCAAAAUGCCAGCUAGAAAUGGGGGCUUUACAGUAAUAUCCCAGUGUGGUGAAAAUGUGUGGUACAAGAAAGAUUCUGAAUAAUCCUGGAGAAUAUUUUUACCCUCAAAUAAAUACACAGUUUUCAUGUUUGGUUUGAAACGUGCUUUUCUAAAAAGUGUGAAAUCAAAAUAGUGGCUAUAAUAGGUUAUAACUCAAGGUUAAUACAACCUAAUAAAUGUCAUUUGCAGUUUUGUUCGGUUCUUUCCUCUGUUCCUAUGUUCAUCUUUUCUUGCUUCCUGAUUUGUUUCAUUGGACAUACGAAUGUGCUGUAAUUUGACUGGAUCACGUUUCCCAGAUAACUGAGCUGUUAUUAUAAACAAGUCCUCUUGUGGAUAAACUAAUGAGUAUCCUGUGGCAAUGUCCACACAGAGGACAUACCUGGCUGACUACUGCAGGAUAGCUUGAAGAUACUCAUUUAACAGGACAUGAACUUGAUUGACAUCCUUUGGAGGCAAGAUAUAGACCUUGGGGCAAGACGUGAAGUUUUUGAUUUUAGUCAACGACAGAAGGAGUAUGAGCUCGAAAAACAGAAGAAACUUGAAAAGGAAAGACAAGAACAGCUGCAAAAAGAGCAGGAGAAAGCCUUGCUGGCUCAGCUGGAAUUAGACGAAGAGACAGGUGAAUUUGUUCCUGUGCAGCCUGCUCAGUGCAUUCAGUCAGAAAAUACUGAGCCACCAGUUGUUUUUUCACAGACCACAGAGCCUUCAAAACCAGAAGCAGAGGCCUUGUCCUUUGAUGACUGCAUGCAGCUCUUGGCAGAAGCAUUCCCAUUUAUAGAUGAGAAUGAGGUUUCUUCAGCUGCAUUUCAGUCAUUGGUUCCUGCUCAGAUUGAUAGCAACACAGCCUUCGUUUCCUCUGAUCAGACUCCGCCACCUGAAUCACCUGAUCUAGUUCCACCCACUGAUGCAGAGAAUAUGCAGAACAUAGAGCAAGUCUGGGAAGAAUUAUUGUCCCUUCCAGAGUUACAGUGUCUUAACAUUGAAAAUGAUAACCUGGCUGAGGUGAGCACAAUCACCAGCCCUGCUACCAAGCCAGCAGAGACACACAACAGCUGUCAUUACUGCAGCUCAUUACGCGUGAUGAAAAAGGAUGUUAACUGCGGUCCUGAUUUCCUGGAUAGUAUUGAGGGUCCCUUUUCCAGCAUUUUGCCACCAGAAGACACCAGCCAGCUGAGUGUGAACUCUUUAAAUGACACGUCCCCUUCCAACUCUGAUUUCUGUGAGGAUUUCUACACCACCUUUAUCGAUACAAAGGCGAAUGGUGACGCAGCAACGACAAACACUAUCAGUCAAUCCCUUGCGGAGGUUCUGAGUGAACCUAUUGAUCUUUCUUACUUCUCACUGUGUAAAGCUUUUAAUGGCAGCCUCUCAGGGACCGGACCAGAAUGUAAUGACUCUGACUCUGGUAUUUCACUGAAUGCAAGUUCUAGUAUAGCAUCGCCUGAACACUCUGUGGAAUCAUCUGCCUAUGGAGAUAAGACUUUGGGUUGUAGUGAUUCUGAAAUGGAAGACAUGGAUAGUGCUCCUGGAAGUGUGCUGCAGAGCAAUGCUAGUGUGCACUCUACGCAAUUCCAGGAUCAAGUGUUUUCUUCCAUGGGGCCAAACACUCAAACACCAAGUUUGCCAUGUACAAAGACACCAAAGAAAGAACCCCCUGCUGCUCCCGGCUACCCCGAAGCUCCGUUCACAAAAGAUAAACCUUCAAGCCGCCUUGAAGCUCAUCUCACAAGAGAUGAGCAAAGAGCAAAAGCUCUGCAGAUCCCUUUUCCUGUUGAAAAAAUUAUCAAUCUCCCUGUUGAGGACUUCAAUGAAAUGAUGUCUAAGGAGCAGUUCAAUGAAGCCCAGCUCACACUUAUUCGAGAUAUACGGAGGAGAGGCAAGAACAAAGUGGCUGCUCAAAAUUGCCGUAAAAGAAAACUGGAAAAUAUAGUGGAACUGACACAAGACUUGACUCACCUAAAAGAUGAGAAAGAGAAAUUGCUUAAGGAAAAAGGAGAGCAUGACAGGAGCCUCCGUCAAAUAAAAAAGCAACUAACCACCUUAUACCUCGAGGUCUUCAGCAUGCUACGUGAUGAGGACGGAAAGCCUUACUCUCCUAGUGAAUAUUCACUGCAGCAAACUACAGAUGGCAAUGUCUUUCUUGUUCCUAAGAGCAAGAAGUCAGGGACUAAACUUUGAAGGGCAGUGCAGCUGGCUACUGUUCUUUACUAUUUUUGUAUCAUUAUCCUGAUAGUUUUUACUGUGAGGUGGAAUGCAGAAUUAGGUAAUAUUUUUCAAGUCUAUGCAAUGAUAAUUUUAAAGUUGUUAAUUAGUUUAUGGAAGAUGCAAGUGGAAAAUUAAUAGUGUAAUGCAGAUGGAUGUAUGCAAAAUUUGUAAUCUCACUUUUAUAACAGAUGUUUCCUUCUUAUAGCACCACUUUGACUAGUUUCCGUAUAUAUGUAAAUAUUUAAAGAUGCCAUAUUUAUAUACUGUUCCUAUCUAUUGUUAUAUUCAUAGAUUUAUUUGAUAUAUAUAUAAAUGAUUUUAGCCUUCUAAAUAUAAUUUCUUGCAAGACAAACAGGUUGGCUUCUGAUACUUUUUUAUAAAUAUGCAAUAGUAUGUUUCCCAUUUUUCUUACACAUUUAUACUUGCUUUAUAUUUAAUAUAUUAUUUCAAUUUAGUAUAAAAGUUGACAGUGUUUGAUUUCGCUUUUAUCAGUUCAUUAAACUUUUUAAACUCUACUUCAUGCAUGUUUAUUUCCCUAAAGAAGUUUUCCAAGGCUAAGCCUUCAUGUAACAGAUAUGCACAAUAACCAAUUGCACAGCCUUGUCAGCAUUACUAAUGCUUCAUUCAGCGUAAUUUAAACUGUCAUUUGGAAAGAUCACGUAGCACAAAGUUUCAAGUCUCUGCUAAGUUUACAUUUUUGUUUUGCUCUUUGAACACUACUUAAAUUUGUGAUCUUCCCUCCAAAGGCAUUUAAAAUCAGUUAAGACAUUGUCAGCAUUAUGCCUUUUUCCAACUAAAACUUCUGUACAUUUUAGAGUAAUUCUUCUAGAAAUACACUCUUGUGUCUCCGAUCAACAAGCAUCACUUGUCCCUGCUGUUACUUUGGUGCUUAAGGAAAACAGCAUACUAGCUGCCAGCCAACUGCACUGUUUGGAAUCAAUGCUCAAUGAAUUGAAAAGUGUUGUGGAGUUUAAAUUAUGAUUUAUAAAAGAAUAAAAAUUGGGCAAACAAA